AAUUCAUAUAAUUUUAGACAACAUUUUUCAUAUAUAUUUUUCUUCUCAAGUUCCAACUAAAGGGUAAGAAAAAAAAAAUGUCAACUACUAUUGAAGUGGGAGAGUCAUCAUCAAGAAAAAUUGCUAAGGAAAAAACACCAUUGAUUGGUGCACCAAAAAGAGGAGGAGGAUGGAAGAAAGGGGUGGCAAUAAUGGACUUUAUUCUAAGGUUAGGUGCCAUAGCUGCUGCUCUUGGUGCUGCUGCCACCAUGUCAAUGGCUGAUCAAACUUUACCUUUCUUCACUCAAUUCCUUCAGUUUGAAGCAAGCUAUGAUAACUUCUCUGCUUUUCAGUUCUUUGUUAUUUCAAUGGCAUUUGUGGGUGGUUACUUGGUCCUAUCACUGCCUUUCUCUAUAGUAACCAUCAUACGCCCCCAUGCAGUUGGACCAAGACUUUUCCUCAUCAUUUUAGACAUGGUGUUUCUUACUCUAGCAACUGCAAGUGCUGCUGCAGCCGCAGCCAUAGUAUACUUAGCACAUAACGGGGACCAAGACUCUAACUGGCUUGCCAUAUGCAAUCAGUUUACAGAUUUCUGUCAACAAACAAGUGGAGCUGUGAUCUCUGCCUUCGUUUCAGUGGUUCUACUUUUGUUCUUGGUUAUUAUGACUGCUGUGGCUCUUAGGAGCCAUUAGAAAGAUUUGAAAGAUUAAAGAAACUUGCAUAUAA